AUGGCGAUGUCGGUGACACCACAGAUGCCUUCAGGUUCUCUGGGUAGUGAUUCUAUUUUUUAUUUACGUCAGUUUUUUCCCCAAUCAUUUAGAGCCUCCGAUUUCAAUAGCAUCGAACACCAUUUAUAAUCUCCUGGUUCGUAUACGUUUUUGCCGUCAGUCCCCACCAACCAUGGUCUUUGCAGCUGAAAAUGUAUCGGUGAAAAUCGUGGAAUCUGACCCUUCCAAUCGACGCAGGUGUGUGCAUUCAUCUUUUAUUUCGCGGUCCACCGUCUCAACUAAAUAGCCCUUACUCUCGCCGACUUUUCCGUGACUUAGAAAAAUAGUCGAUGGGCUAGUUGGAUACGUAUAUUCCAAAGGUUGUUUCCUAUUCCACAAAUCGUUUGGCUACAUUGUUUAGAACGCUACCUCUUUCGAGAGACAGGUGCACGCAGUGGUGUCAUCUGUCGCGUCGAAUUCAUUCAGGUCCAUUUUUCUGCCCAAACGCCAGGUUUGCAAAAUUUUGUGACAAAAGCAGGUUGACCCUACAGUCAUUUUAAAUUGUGCCUCAUUUACCCCCUAUUUCACUACUUUCCCAUUGGAAUGGGUGAAAGUUUCCGAGAUGUCAUUUGUUAACACUUUUUAGAUUAUUCGAAUAUUUGUGAGUCACUCUUGUCUAAGUGAGGUGGUUUGACUGGUCUGGUUCAUCAGGUCUGUUUGUAGGCCGGUCAAGCGGCGUGAAUAAUGUCUAUUUCCAACAACUAUAUCACCUAGUGCAAACGAUCGAAUCAAGCAUAUUUGCAAUCGGCGUUUUACCCAAGCCGGAUAGUUCCCUACAGAAUAAACCCAUGUCUCUCAAGCGGUAAUGAUGUACAUGGGAAAAUGAACUUACCUCAGAAAGACAAAAAAUUUCCGGUAAGUUAAAACUUUGCUUUAGCCGGCUGCCCCUGUCGUUGUCGCCUCCUCGCUUCCAUGGUUUCUGUUUUGCAUGCUAUCCAGUGCACUUUUGCCCGAAGAAUAAGAGGCGAUGUGUAGUGUGCGGUGAGGGGCCUUCACUCUAACGAGAAGCCGUGACUUAACUUGUGUACAAUCCUCAGAUAAAGCCAUUUUCACGGUUCUCGGUCUUGUGGCAUCUAGUGAAACUUAUGUAGUGUUUAGAGUAGGCUUUUCCGGUGAUCGUAAAGGGUGGAGAGUACUUUCGAACAGGCCCUCAGUCAACCACGUUCAGUAACAUACAGUUUAGUUGGUAUCAAGACCAUCCCUAGUUGGGUUUGAAGACGAUUUUUCAUCGCCCCCUCCAACUAGCGUCAGGACCUCCUUUACCGUCUUAGGCAGUCGAUUUAUCAAUACUACUUCCAUCAAGAGGAGCCGUUGACGACUUUACUGUCACCGUUAUUUGUGGCUCUCCUAAUGAUUACUAUGCGCUUAAUGAUCAACCAAAGAUAUAGAGUUGUGUGAAAUCCUCUAUCCCUAUUUCGCAUUGUUUUUUGUUUCGCCCAGGCAACUGGCACUGCAGGUUCUAAGGGAAAAGCUGCCCAUGCCUCCGGUCCACCAGUCCUCGCUUCUGGACUUCCCGUCCCCCACUUUAAAAGAGGACUCCUGCCAACCUCCGCCCCAGAUUCCAAGGGUUCUCGAACCGAUUCCCGAACGACCGCCUUCCGAUCGCGUCUCAGUGGAGCCUAGUGCCCAAAAACACUAA